AUGAGCAGGUCACAGACCGUCUUUGCCAUCGCAAUUGGAGAGCUCGCGAGUUUCUUGUGCAUCGCGUCGUUGGCGUGGUUCUGCUGGCGAAGAUCUCUUCGUGGAAUGUGGAAGAAAGCCGCAAAGGAUCACCGCGGCCCGACAUGGUUCUCGUACGAGCAGCUGGAAGUUGCGACAAACCAUUUUAGCUGCAAGCUCGGGGCUGGUGGAUUCGGAAGUGUUUACAAGGGUAUUCUUCCGGAUAUGACGGUGGUGGAGCCAUCGUUUACUCGUCUACGAGUUCCUGAGCAACGGAUCACUGGACAAGAGUGUAUCGAUCUCUGGGGAACGAGGUACUCGAUUGCUCUUGGUGUUGCAAAGCGCAUCACGUACUUGCACGAGGAGUGCUACGAUUGCAUCCUCCACUGCGACAUCAAGCCGCAAAAAAUUCUCCUCGACGAGAACUUCUGUCCAAAGGUGUCGGACUUUGGCCUGGCCAAGCUAAUUGACAAAGCUCGACGUGACCACCAUCCGAGGAACUCGAUGCUACAUGGCACCCGAGCCGAGCAUGAGCCGGGUGGUGCAAAUGCUGGAGGAGCCCGACUUGGAGGUGGCUGUGCCGCCGUUUCCAACGCCAGUGUCGGAGGAAGUGCUGAGCGAGAAUAG